UCCCUCUCUCUUUAUCCGAGGGCAUUGAUGUUAAUUUAAUGGUGUCUCCCCCGAUCGAUUGCGAUUUUCCAGGGUUCUGUGUUCCUAGUCUAGAUUUCGAGCAGCCUCACCUAACCUGAUGCUUUUCAAAAGUCCUGGAUUGCAAAACUCAUAAACCUCCAGCCAGCAUGGUCGUUUUGGAGCUUUUCUGGAAUGCCUUGGCUGCAGAAUAUUGCAGCCAGUCAAAUGCUUCUUUCGGGAAGCUCCCCAAAAAAAGGCUAAGGGCAACAACUCUUCCACUAGCCGAUGGUACAGAGCCUUUGAACAUGGAGGUUCUAUUUUGCCAGUUGUACUGUUCUUUCUAAAGUUGUGUAAUUCAGCAGUCAGCCUUGCAUCUUAGAACAAUGUAUUCCAGAAAUGAAUACUGUGUAGCAGAAUUUCUCAAGCUUAGCAACUUUAAGAUAUGUGGAAUUCUGGGAGUUGAAGUCCAUACAUCUUUGUCUUCCAGAAUAGUUCAUGUGUGGACUUCAGCUCCCAGAAUUCCCCAGCCAGUUGGGGUCCACACAUUUUAAAGUUGCCAAGGUUGAAACACACUGAGCUACAUGGACUAGCAUUCCAAUGCAGUAGAUGGCAGCUAAUUGACUAUAUAACUGCAACUCCCCUAAUUCCCAUUGGCCAUGCUGGCUGGGGAUGAUGGGGGUAGCAGUCCAACACAGCUGAAGGGCUUCCAGUUGAGGAAGAAUAUAGCAAUGGCCACUCACUUAGUUUACCAAGGAUGGCCAUUGCUGUAUUCUAGAGAAGACUGCCUCUUGGGGUUGCCUUUCUGUUCUAUUCCUGUACUCUUGAAAUCUUUAGGUUUGAAGCUUUUGGACAUAACAGAUAGAUUGGACCUCAGAAUGAUCCAGCAGGGCCUUCAUCUGUUCUUAGCCUAAGCAAGUGGAGCCUCCCUUACAGGGUCCGCUUACUUCUGAAACACAGUUGCUGAUCAAGAAAAAAAAAAGUAAGGUAUCUUGUCUGCUUUGCAAGCCCUGAAAACAUUUGUUCAGCCAUUGUUGGAGGCAAGAUGCUAGAUUCAUAUGGCUUCUUCAUUUGACACAUUUAGGCAUACAAAAAAGGAGUUCAGAGAGAGACUCAAAGUGCCAUUUAAUAUUCUGUGUUAAUUAUUUCCUGCUCAAGCUAAUUAUAGUUUAUACUGUAAUAAUUUCCACAUGUCCCUUUUAGGUCCUUUAGUUUAAGUGGACAUCUAUGGUUUUUUAAAUUCAAGAAAAAGGAAUGUCACAGAGCUCCAAACAGCAAUCUACUGGACUCCUGAAUGCUGCAAGUAAAACUCAACAUGGGAGCUUCCUUGUGGCUAUUAAACAGGAAAAAGGCGAGGCCCCUCGAUUAAUUGGGGAGAAGCCCCACGGCGAAGAGGAGGUGAGCACCCUGCCAGUGAAAAAACGGGGCUGGCCGAAAGGCAAGAAGAGGAAGAAAAUCCUUCCCAAUGGACCAAAGGCCCCAGUGACGGGCUACGUCCGCUUUCUGAAUGAACGACGGGAGCAGAUUCGGAUGCAGCGCCCGGAUUUGCCCUUCCCUGAGAUUACAAAGAUGUUGGGAGCAGAGUGGAGUAAACUACAGCCCACAGAAAAGCAGCGCUAUCUGGAUGAGGCUGAACGGGAGAAGCAGCAGUACAUGAAGGAGCUGAAAGAAUACCAGCAAUCAGAAGCUUACAAGCUGUGUGCUGAGAAGAUGCAAGAGAAGAAAAUCAAGAAAGAGGAUGCUGGUCCUGGAACUGUGAACACAUUGCUAAAUGGAUACAAGACUGGGGAAAGUGGCAGUGAUGGCUUCUCAACAUUUGAUGUCCCUAUUUUUACAGAGGAAUUCUUGGACCAGAACAAAGCACGGGAAGCGGAGCUGCGGAGACUGCGUAAGAUGAACACAGAGUUUGAGGAGCAGAAUGCCAUCUUGCAGAAGCACACAGAGAGCAUGAGCUGUGCAAAGGAGCGCCUAGAGCAGGAACUUGCCUUGGAGGAGAGGCAGACCAUGGCGUUGCAACAGCAGCUCCAGACAGUGCGCCAAGCUCUGACAGCCAGUUUUGCCAGCCUUCCCAUUCCAGGCACAGGUGAGACCCCCACCCUGAGCACCCUUGAUUUCUACAUGGCGAAGCUUCACAGCGCCAUUGAGAGCAACCCUAUACAACACGAAAGGCUGGUUGUCCGAGUCAAGGAGAUUUUGUCCCGCGUUGCCAACGAGCAUUUGUAAGCAACCACAACUCUCCUGGCACAACUUGAAAACAUCUCAACUACAGUCUGCCAUGUUGCUGGACUCCACUGAUGCAGCUGCCUUUAUGUAGCAGAUCUUCUUGGGUGCCUCUUCUCUUCAAAGAGCCUCACCUUGCCUGCUCUCUUCCCGAAAUGUGUAGGAAAACCUCUUUUCUUUCUGAGCUUUGUCCUCUCCUGGCUCUUUCUGAAAGUUGCUGGCAGGACAGUAGAUUGUAGAAUGACAGAUAAUUCAUGCGACUUGUCCAGGGUUGCUGGGUCCUGGAACUCUGUUUUCUCCUCAGAAGUAUAGAUUUCCAGGCUAAAUUUGCCACUGGAAACAGCUGGCAAAUAACUGUGGCCAAAAAAAAAAAAAACCUCUCAAGAAAAGAUAUUAGACAUCUUUGACACCAAAUGAGUAUUGCAGUCACUGGGAUAUGUGGCUGGCUACUGUGGCUACUAACAGUACACAGGAAUAUCAAAAGCAGGACCAGGGAAACCAAGAUUUACAGGCAGAUAUCAGGGUGGUUAGAAGCAGAUCAAUAAGGAUUUCUGACUCCCAGUUAUUUAACACUAGCAACUACACAGUGCCUCCUCUCCGUUAAUUGUAAAUUAUACUACUGAGAUUAUGAAAGCAGGGGUUGUAUGAGAGGUCUUUGAACUCAAAUGAAAUGCUGAUCCUUCAUCCUUCUUUAAUUUUGAGCAUAUACCUGGCUCCAGUUGGUGGAUGGAGAAAAUGCCGAAUAGAUCCUUCAGGUAUGGAAACUGCC